AUACUAGCGGAAAACUGAAUGGGGAAAAAACAAUUAUAAUCCUUAUACAUCCAGUAUCGAAAACUCCCUUUAAAUCCGAUGGAUUACUAUGUGAGUUGACAAGAGGAGAGACAGGGUCACAGAAGGGCGGUGAAAUGAAUGACAGAAAUGGGACGGAACCCAGGGAUGUUUUUUUCAAUAUUUUUAUAUACUAUGGACUACUGCAUCUGGUGGCGGUUAACCCUGACAACGCAGCUACUCGUGCUAAGACUGACCCAGCCCCUUGCCCCUUUUGGCUUAGGGCCUUAUGUGGCUCUCUGAAGAAUGAACUUAAAUAUUUUGUGAUUAGUGAUCUUCUCCUUUUGUACAGUCUGGCAAUAAUUGGGCGUACAGCGGCUCACUUGAUGUUUUUUUUUUAGUCUUCGAGUCCAAAAGGAAUAGCAAGCACCAUUCGCGGCCAUGAAAUCAA